AAUAAAUAAUUAUCUUAAAUGGAUAAAUUACAAACAUAUCUCACAAAAGCAUAAGAUGCUUUGAAGAAUUUCUAUACAAAGAAAGGAAGAAAAGGAGUUGUGGGAAUAGCAGCGAUAAGUUUAGGAUUACUUUACCUUUAAUAUUAGAUUAGAAAGCAUAAUGGGUUUUUGAAUAUAAAUAUAAUUUAAGAUGGUUGUAAAAGAAGAGUGUAAGAGAUGAACAUAUCUUUAUUACAGGAGGUGCGAGUGGAAUUGGAAGAAAUAUGGCACUAAGAUUUGCAAAAUUAGGAGCCAAAGUAUUGAAUUAUAUUAUAGAUAGAUAUCAAUUGUAGAUAUUAAUGAAAUUGCUUUAGAUAAAGUGAUAAAAGAGAUUAAUAGCUAAUUUGGAGAUAAGACUGCAACUGGAACAGUUUGUGAUGUUAGUGAUCCUAAAUCUGUUAAGAAUGCUAUUUAAUUAUGUGUUAAUUUUCAUAUGAAGACAAUUGAUAUCUUAAUAAAUAAUGCAGGAGUUGUGAGUGGAAAACAAAUUUUAAAUAACACAGAAGAAAGUAUUUGUAGAUCAAUAAAUAUUAAUACGACUGCUCAUCAUUGGACAGUAAGAGAAGUAUUAAGAGAUAUGAUUUAAAAUAAACAUGGUCAUAUUGUAACCAUUGCUUCUAUUGCAGGAUGGGUUGGAGUUAGAGGAUUAGCUGAUUAUUGUGCUUCUAAAUUUGGUGCUGUAGGAUUUGAUGAGUCACUUAGAUUUGAAUUAAGAGCAACAAAAUCUAAUGUUAAAACUACUUGUAUUUGUCCUUAUUUCAUCAAUACAGGAAUGUUUGAUGGAGCAAAAUCUAAAUUUCCUUUGCUUUUCCCUAUUUUAUCUGAAAGUAAUUUAAUCUUAUUUAAUUAUAGAUUAUGCAUCCUAAAGAAUUGUCAAUGCUGUUCUCUAAGAAGAAACUGUUGUAAUUAUGCCUAUUAUUCUUAAUUUUGCUAUUAUGGUCAAGGCAAUCUUUCCAACAUCUAUUUAUGAUAACAUGAUGGAAUUCUUUGGAGUAAGUGAAUCUAUGGAUCAUUUUAAAGGUAGAACAUAAUCAAGUUGAUAUAUAAUCAAAACAUAUCAUUAUCAUUAGUCU